CGCUCUGAAACGGAGACGGAUGCCAAUAUUAUUUGGCAGGGGAUUGAGGAGCCGCAGUCAGGUUCAAACUCUGUGCAAAGCACCGAACCUCCUGUCAGCGAUUCGGACUGUAACACUGGAAAAACGUCGGUCAGCUCCUCUGAAUGUGCCACGAGCUUCGACCACAAAGAACGCACCAGGAUGAAACCGGGGGAGAAACGAUUUAGCUGCUCGGUUUGUGGUAAAAAAUUCACCCGACAUGAUCAUCUGAAACGCCACUUCACCGUCCACACGGGGGACAGACCUUUCAGUUGUUCAAUUUGUAACAAAAGCUUCGCACAGAAGGGACAAUUGAAACAUCACUAUAUCGUCCACACGGGGGAGAAACCCUUCAGCUGCUCAAUUUGUGGGAAAGGUUUUACAUCAAAGGGAGACUUGAAGCGACACUUCACCGUCCACACCGGCGAGAAACGAUUCGGCUGUUCAGUCUGCGGCAGAAGAUUCGCAGACGAGUCGAACCUGAGACGACACCUGAAAAUCCACGCCAAGCAGAAACUUUGGUUCGGUUGUUCGUCUUGUGGAAGCGAUUCACACAAAAACAGCACCUGAAAUAUCACCGGACCGUCCUCACCAUCGACGGUGUCUCCGCCUCCUCGCGCUGUUCCUCACAGCCGUCGUCAAAUUGCACUUUCAGUUUACAUCCAUGUCUGUGAAAACACGGAUGCUCACACACUCUAAAGCCUCGUCCACACGUACGCGGGUACUUUUAGGAACGCAUAUUUUCCUCCGGUUACAAAAUAUUCUUGUCCACACCAACGAUAUUUAGAAAAAAUCUCCGUCCACAUCAAAACGCAGGCUGUCAAGUGGUGGAUCAAAGAUUUUUUUCUGUGACUCGUGCGGUUGUCAGCAGUAAAAAUGGAGUUUUGAUAAUUAUAUUCACUCCGUACCUCUGUUUUUUACAGUUUCUGUGUCUUAAUCUGUCACAGAUGUGAAGAAAUAUAAAAAGUCAUGUCAAUUUUAUUUAUUAAGUUCUUCAUCAGAAAUCACAGUUUGUCUCAGAGGGCUUUACAGCGUACGACAUCCCUCUGUCCUUAGACAUCGACUGAAAAAACGCUCCUAAAGUGGAAAAAGUGGCAGAAAUGCUGCAGUUCUGCGAGGUUGCCGUCACGCGCUGCUCAGGCGUGCGGUGAGUUUCCGGCGGAGAUUACGAUCCACGCUCUCAUGUCAAAAACAAAAGAGGCAAGCCAAAAAAAACCCUCUUUUUCUUGUCUACACGUCAACACUGACAGCAGAGUUUCAGAGUAUCUUCACCCUGGCAGCAGUCUUCCCUCACGUCUGUUUUCAGUGACCUAAAGAUGUAUUUAUACGUGAAGGAAAGGCCAGAACAUAGAAAAAGCUUUUUAAAUGUAGCCGUGUACGUGUGGAUUAGACCUUAUUCAGUAUCCCCUUCUGUUCCUGACGUUGAGAAAAGUUUUUUGCAGAACAUGUGGCUGCCCACCAAGAUUAAAACUGAAAUA